AUGUCCGAGGCGAUCGAUUUUUCUCUGUUGAAGGGAAGCCCCGAGGAGAGUAAAGCCGUCUCGGCGGCGUUGCUUGCCACCUUGAAGACCCGAGGCGUUGCCAAGUUGAAGAAUCACGGUCUUCCUGCUGAACUCAUUGCGGAGAUGUUUGACUAUACCAAAAAGUUCUUUGCCCUUCCCCUGGAGGAUAAGAUGAUCGCCAAGCACCCUCCCGAGUCGACUCCAAACCGCGGUUACAGCUACGUCGGACAGGAGUCAAUUGGAAGUAUUAGCGGAUAUGAGAAAGGUGUAUCCGAGGGAAAGCAAGUGCGAGAUAUCAAAGUAUGUUGUCCAGCAAAAGCCAUCCCAGCCAAGUAUGCUAAUGGCACCAAACAGGAGACCAUUGAUCUCGGCUCAGCACAUGACGACCUCGUCGACAACAUUUGGGUUCCAGAGGAGAAGCUCCCCGGAUUCCGAAAAUUCAUGGAAGGCUUCUACGAAAGUGCCUUCAAAGUUGAGCUCGAAAUCCUAGCCGCGCUCGCCAUAGCCCUUGGAAUUCCCGAGGACGAGAUGAAAAUGCUACACGGCAAAGGCGAGAACGAGUUUCGCCUACUUCACUAUCCAGCAAUUCCUGCAUCUGAAUUAGCUGAUGGCACUGCAACACGCAUUGCUGAUCACACGGAUUUUGGCACCAUCACAAUGCUCUUCCAAGACUCGGUCGGUGGACUACAGGUAGAGGACCAACAGAAUCUGGGUACCUUCCGAGGAGUAGAGUCUGCGGAUAAGUCGGAGAUUAUUCUGAACAUCGGGGAUUCGUUGCAGCGGUUGACAAACGACACUUUCCGGGCUGCGGUGCAUCGGGUCACGUAUCCUCCGACGGUCAAGGUUGGCUCAGAAGAGAUCAUCCCUGAGCGAUUCUCAAUUGCUUAUUUCGCUAAGCCCAACCGCACAGCUUCGCUAUUUCCAUUUAAGAAGUUUAUUACGCCUGCGACACCGUGUCAGUACGAGGAUAUUACGGCUUGGGACUAUAACAAUUUGCGCAUUACUAAAUUGUUCGGUGGAAAGGCUUGA